AGCUCUAAGAUAAAAUUUGAAGCAAAAGCAAGAACACCAUUAAUUACACAUAAAAAUCAAACAAUUGAAUUCACAAUGAGAAAGAUGGGGAGUAGUGGAAGGCUAUCAAUGGAAGAAGAUGACAUACAAAGAUUUGAUAUGUCUUCAUUUCAGGCUAAAGAAGAAGAAAUUGAGAGGAAGAAAAUUGAAGUUAGAGAAAAAGUUGAACUUCAAUUGAAUAAAGCUGAAGAACAAACUAGGCGCUUGACUCGGAUUUGGGACGAGCUUGAAGCAUUGGCUGAUCCUGCAAGAAAAGAAGUUGCAAUAGUACGUAAAAAGAUUGACAUGGCCAAUAGAGAGCUCAAACCACUUGGACAAACAUGCCAGAAGAAGGAAAAAGAAUAUAAAGAAGUUCUGGAAACUUUUAAUGAAAAAAACAAAGAAAAAGCUCAGCUAGUUACAACAUUGAUGGAGCUGCUGACUGAGAGUGAAAGAUUGAGGAUGACGAAAUUGGAGGAGCUGAGCAAAAUUAUACCCUGACAAGCUUAAUUUUACAUAAAUUAGGGCUUGUACUCUUCUAUCAGUUCUUGGAUUUUUUUUUGAUUAAUUAUUAUAAUUAAUUUUCUGUUAUUUUGGAUGUUAUGGUUAUGAACAAUAUCAGUAAUUUGGUAAAAUAAUUUUUAAACUUGUUUCAAAA